AUGCGGCGGCGGCUGCGGCGCUGUACGCCAGCGGCGGGUUCUUCAACCGGCGGACGGGCCAGUGGCAGGACGAGUCGGGCGAGGCCGCGGGGCCGGAACGGCACUCGGACGAGGCCAAGAGCCGGCGGCAGAUGAACGCCUUCUUCGACGUGGACGCGGCGGCGAACGCGCACGACGGGCGCAGCCUGCGGGCCGAGAGGGCGGGGAAGAAGCCGUCCAAGGCGGAGCUCAAGGCGUUCAAGGAGAAGAGGAGGGCGAAGAAGGAGGAGAAGAGGAGGGCUUGGUUGCGCGAUUGAUUGGGAGAGGGGCCUGCCUGCGUGUCUCUGCGUGGGUUCAUGGGUUUUUUCAACUUUGUGCAUGUAAUGUGUUUGGCUGGUUGUAUGGUUGCUUCAGGUGGCUCGGCAUCGCGUGGUAGAACCUCCUUGGUUUUCGAUUUUUGUAUUUUUCUGUUUUUUAACAACAGGGAUGGCGUCACUGGCGAAGGGGGAGGGAAGCAUCAAAAGGGCCGAAAAAUAUCUGCAUCGGGGUGGAUGGAGAAGAAGUCGUCUAUAACAGCAAGCUCAUACUUCGUGACUGGAUGGAUGGAUGGAUCUCGGACCGGACCCCGUCUGAGUCCAUAUAUACCCGGUUGGGUGUUCCAUAGGUGAAAUGAAUACCAAAACUGAUCGGUCAUGUCUAUGUUGGCUAGCCGAAC